AUGUGUAUGGCUAAGGCAGUCGAAGGCCUUAGAGUAGUCGAGCAGGAUAGUAGUAACUGUGUUGCCUUCUUCCAGUUGGGAGGCACUUUUAUUUUAAGAAUAGAGGAUACAGAUCAGACGAGGCUUGUUGAAGGAGCAGUGGAACAACUUCAUAAGGAUCUGGAAUGGGCAGGAAUCGUUCCUGAUGAGGGACCGAUGACAGGAGGUCGAUUCGGACCAUAUCUUCAGUCACAGCGUUUAGACCUGUACAAAUCUUCGGUGGAUAAGCUGAUAGAAAAUGGUGCUGCUUACUACUGUUUCUGCACUGGGCAUAGACUUGAAUUAUUGAGAAAAGAUGCAACUCGUAGACGCCAAAUUCCUAGAUAUGAUAAUAGGUGUCGAAAUCUAACUGAGGAGGAGAUUCAAGAGAAACUGGCAUCAGGUUUGGAGCGGUGUGUCAGAUUAAAGUUGAUCCCUGGUUGUGAGAGAUUUCAUGAUCUCGUGUAUGGCGACAUAACACAUGAUGUAGUGGCAAGUGAAGGAGGAGACCCAGUUAUACUGAAGUCAGAUGGCUACCCUACCUAUCACCUGGCUAAUGUUGUAGACGACCAUUACAUGAGGAUAAGCCACGUGUUGAGGGGAGUCGAGUGGCAGUCUUCCACCCCUAAACAUAUCAUGCUGUAUAAGGGUUUUGGAUGGGAACCACCCGUGUUUGCCCACUUACCUCUUCUUCUCAACUCUGAUGGCACCAAGCUCUCCAAGCGCCAAGGGGAUGUUACUGUCAAGUAUUACAAGUCCUCUGGGGUGUUCCCACGAGCACUCAUGAAUUUUGUCACCUUCUCAGGCGGGGGCUUCCAUCGCGACAACAGUGACCAAGUGCGAAGCCUCAGUAUGGACCAGCUAGCAUCUGAGUUUGACGCAGGAUUAAUAGGUGUUGCAUCGUGUCGAGUAUCUCUCGACCGCCUGGAUGACUUUAACCAUGAAGAGCUUGUCCGUCAGAUGGCCAAUGAAUCAGAAAUGACAAAUUUGAUUUCCAAGUUCCAAUCCUUGGUGAUUGAGACAUAUAAAGACAGGUUGGAGACACUUGACUUAGAUGAAAACUAUAUUCGUUCCGUAUUGUUGUGGAGUCAGAAACGUGUAACUCGCCUCAGCCAGUUGGUGGAGCCUAAAUUCUCCUACCUGUGGGUCCGGCCAACCCCCGCUACUGUUGAUGACAAGCAAGCAGAACUGCUGAGUGUUGCAUAUAAUCAGCUGCAGAAGGCUCAAGACUUUUCACAGAAACCACUAGCAGCCUUAUUACGGAGCCUAGCCAAGGAUAGCAAUUUCAAGGUCAAGGAUGUUAUGCACCUCCUCAGGCAAGUCCUCUGUGGUUGCAAGGAGGGACCAGCAGUGGCAGAAAUGUUGGAGAUGCUCGGUCGUCAAACCUCUCUGUUUCGGCUUCAGUCUACCUUGCUGAACCACCAGCAGAACCUAGUCCACAGCUCUACCCAAACUACUCAAUGUAAAUAA